ACAAGGAACUCAAUCAAUCAACUGGUGACAAAUCUGAACCGGAAAUUGUAUAAUUCAAACUGAACCGGUUCUUGUAAAACAAAUGGAACCCGUUUGUACUUUAUCUCUCGUUUAUUUUCUCAGUCACGAGUUUUUUUUAGAGAUCGACGAAGAACAAAAUUUAGGCGAAACAAAAAUAAAAUGUUGGCUAGGGUUUGUGGAUUCAAGUGUUCUUCUUCUCCUGCUGAGUCUGCGGCUAGAUUGUUCUGUACGAGAUCGAUUCGUGAUACUCUGGCCAAGGCAAGCGGAGAGAGUUGCGAAGCAGGUUUUGGAGGAGAGAGUUUGAAGCUGCAAAGUGGGUUUCAUGAAAUCAAAGGUUUAGAGGAUGCGAUUGAUUUGUUCAGUGACAUGCUUCGAUCUCGUCCUUUACCUUCUGUGGUUGAUUUCUGUAAAUUGAUGGGUGUGGUGGUGAGAAUGGAACGCCCGGAUCUUGUGAUUUCUCUCUAUCAGAAGAUGGAAAGGAAACAGAUUCGAUGUGAUAUAUACAGCUUCACCAUUCUGAUAAAAUGUUUCUGCAGCUGCUCUAAGCUCCCCUUUGCUUUGUCUACAUUUGGUAAGAUCACCAAGCUUGGACUCCACCCUGAUGUUGUUACCUUCAACACCCUGCUCCACGGAUUGUGCGUGGAAGAUAGGGUUUCUGAAGCUUUGAAUUUGUUUCAUCAAAUGUUUGAAACGACAUGUAGGCCCAAUGUCGUAACCUUCACCACUUUGAUGAACGGUCUUUGCCGCGAGGGUAGAAUUGUCGAAGCCGUAGCUCUGCUUGAUCGGAUGAUGGAAGAUGGUCUCCAGCCUACCCAGAUUACUUAUGGAACAAUCGUAGAUGGGAUGUGUAAGAAGGGAGAUACUGUGUCUGCAUUGAAUCUUCUGAGGAAGAUGGAGGAGGUGAGCCACAUCAUACCCAAUGUUGUAAUCUAUAGUGCAAUCAUUGAUAGCCUUUGUAAAGACGGACGUCAUAGCGAUGCACAAAAUCUUUUCACUGAAAUGCAAGAGAAAGGAAUCUUUCCCGAUUUAUUUACCUACAACAGUAUGAUAGUUGGUUUUUGUAGCUCUGGUAGAUGGAGCGACGCGGAGCAGUUGUUGCAAGAAAUGUUAGAAAGGAAGAUCAGCCCUGAUGUUGUAACUUAUAAUGCUUUGAUCAAUGCAUUUGUCAAGGAAGGCAAGUUCUUUGAGGCUGAAGAAUUAUACGAUGAGAUGCUUCCAAGGGGUAUAAUCCCUAAUACAAUCACAUAUAGUUCAAUGAUCGAUGGAUUUUGCAAACAGAAUCGUCUUGAUGCUGCUGAGCACAUGUUUUAUUUGAUGGCUACCAAGGGCUGCUCUCCCAACCUAAUCACUUUCAAUACUCUCAUAGACGGAUAUUGUGGGGCUAAGAGGAUAGAUGAUGGAAUGGAACUUCUCCAUGAGAUGACUGAAACAGGAUUAGUUGCUGACACAACUACUUACAACACUCUUAUUCACGGGUUCUAUCUGGUGGGCGAUCUUAAUGCUGCUCUAGACCUUUUACAAGAGAUGAUCUCUAGUGGUUUGUGCCCUGAUAUCGUUACUUGUGACACUUUGCUGGAUGGUCUCUGCGAUAAUGGGAAACUAAAAGAUGCAUUGGAAAUGUUUAAGGUUAUGCAGAAGAGUAAGAAGGAUCUUGAUGCUAGUCACCCCUUCAAUGGUGUGGAACCUGAUGUUCAAACUUACAAUAUAUUGAUCAGCGGCUUGAUCAAUGAAGGGAAGUUUUUAGAGGCCGAGGAAUUAUACGAGGAGAUGCCCCACAGGGGUAUAGUCCCAGAUACUAUCACCUAUAGCUCAAUGAUCGAUGGAUUAUGCAAGCAGAGCCGCCUAGAUGAGGCUACACAAAUGUUUGAUUCGAUGGGUAGCAAGAGCUUCUCUCCAAACGUAGUGACCUUUACUACACUCAUUAAUGGCUACUGUAAGGCAGGAAGGGUUGAUGAUGGGCUGGAGCUUUUCUGCGAGAUGGGUCGAAGAGGGAUAGUUGCUAACGCAAUUACUUACAUCACUUUGAUUUGUGGUUUUCGUAAAGUGGGUAAUAUUAAUGGGGCUCUAGACAUUUUCCAGGAGAUGAUUUCAAGUGGUGUGUAUCCUGAUACCAUUACCAUCCGCAAUAUGCUGACUGGUUUAUGGAGUAAAGAGGAACUAAAAAGGGCAGUGGCAAUGCUUGAGAAACUGCAGAUGAGUAUGGAUCUAUCAUUUGGGGGAUGAAUGAUCAAAGAUUUUCUUCUGUUUGCGCAGCAGAGCUUCAAUGUCAUUUUGUUUCUGCUGCUGCAUGUAUACCCUACUAAUGUUUGAUCAAAUCGUUGAAUAGAGUGAUCAUAGUGAAAAAUUGUGUGGUUAGUAAGUUAUUUUGCUGCUAUUCUAAUGACAGCCUUUUAUGCGUCUAUUGUCUGGGCUUAAUAAAUUUGACCAUUUCCAAUUAAA